GCCACUCUGCGGGCGCAGCGGAGCGCGGCUAUGGCGGCGGCCCCGGCGGAAGCGGAGACCCGGCAGCGGCUGCUGCGCACCGUCAAGAAGGAGGUGAAGCAGAUCAUGGAGGAGGCGGUGACGAGGAAGUUUGUGCACGAGGACAGCAGCCACAUCAUCUCCUUCUGCGCUGCUGUGGAAGCGUGCGUGCUGUAUGGGCUGAAGCGCAGGGCAGCAGGAUUCCUGCGCAGCAACAAGAUAGCAGCUCUGUUCAUGAAGGUGGGCAAGAGCUUUCCUCUGGCAGAGGAGCUUUGCAAGAAGGUGCAAGACCUGGAGCAGCUCAUCGAGAAUGCACGAAAUCAAGUCCAGAGCAUCCCAGAGAACGUGCGCAAGAUGCCAAAGCUGCCCAACCUGUCUCCUCAGGCCAUCAAGCACCUCUGGAUCCGCACAGCCCUCUUCGACAAGGUCUUGGAUAAAAUCGUGCAUUACCUGGUAGAGAACAGCAGUAAAUACUACGAGAAAGAAGCUCUCCUGAUGGAUCCUGUGGAUGGACCGAUUCUUGCAUCUUUGUUGGUGGGGCCCUGUGCAUUGGAGUACACCAAGAUGAAGACAGCCGACCACUUCUGGACAGACCCUUCUGCUGAUGAGUUGGUGCAGCGGCACCGCAUCCACAGCUCACACUGCCGCCAGGACUCCCCCACCAAGCGCCCGGCGCUCUGCAUUCAGAAGAGGCAUUCGAGUGGCAGUAUGGACGACCGGCCGUCGCUGUCUGCCAGGGAUUACGUGGAGUCGCUGCACCAGAACUCGCGGGCCACACUGCUCUAUGGCAAAAACAACGUCCUGGUGCAGCCACGAGAUGACAUGGAGGCCAUCCCGGGCUAUCUGUCCCUGCACCAGACUGCUGACAUCAUGGCACUGAAGUGGACUCCCAACCAGCUGAUGAAUGGCUCCGUGGGGGAUCUGGACUACGAGAAGAGCCUAAGCUCUAAAACUUCCCAGUGUCCAGACGUGACCACGGAGGAGAGGAGUCGGAUGGCAAAUGUGUACUGGGACUAUGCCAUGACUAUUCGCCUGGAGGAGAUCGUCUAUUUGCACUGCCACCAGCAAGUAGACAGCGGUGGAACGGUUGUCUUGGUGAGCCAGGAUGGGAUCCAGAGGCCUCCGCUGCGGUUCCCCAGAGGGGGGCACUUGCUGCAGUUCCUGUCCUGCCUGGAGAACGGCCUCCUGCCCCAUGGGCAGCUGGACCCACCCCUCUGGUCGCAGCGGGGAAAGGGGAAGGUGUUUCCCAGGCUGAGGAAGCGAAGUCCCCAGGGCUCCUCCGAGUCUGCGUCUGACAAGGAAGAUGACGAAGCCACAGAUUACGUUUUCAGAAUCAUCUACCCGGGGACGCAGGCUGAAUUCGUUACCAUUAAUGGCCAUUUCCACCCAUCCCUUGCGUCUGUGAUGUCCAUCACUGCUGGGAGAGGGAAGGUGCCGAGGACUCCAGCUGCAAGCAAGGCGGUGGUGAUCCACAAAUGGUCUCCAAUCCUCUCCACCGUGUCCCGACCCCCCCUGGCAGCUCUGGGGGCCGCUCGGCAUCAGUUGCCCCAGGACCUGAUGGAUGCCCAGGGUCCUGGCCUCCCUCCCAUAUGGCAGCCCAGCACCCGCAAGUCCUCCUGCUCCUCCUGCUCACAGAGCGGCUCCUCUGAUGGUGCGCCGGCCAACGGCUGCAGCCACGAGAGAGCUCCUCUGAAGCUCCUGUGUGACAAUAUGAAGUACCAGAUCCUCUCCCGGGCUUUCUAUGGCUGGCUGGCCUACUGCAGACACCUCUCCACGGUGCGAACCCACCUCUCUGCACUGGUUAACCACAGCAUCGUGUCUCCCGACGUGCCCUGCAGUGCUAGCUCAGGACUGACUGUGGACAUAUGGCAGAGAUACCUGGAGGACAGCACGAGUUACGAGGACCAGGAGCUGCUGCGGCUGAUCUACUACGGUGGGAUCCAGCACGAGAUCAGGAAGGCUGUGUGGCCCUUCCUUUUGGGCCAUUAUCAGUUUGGGAUGACGGAAGCAGAACGGAAGGAGGCUGACGACCAGAUCCGCACCUGUUACGAGCACACCAUGGCUGAGUGGUUGGGCUGCGAGGCCAUCGUCCGGCAGAGGGAGAAGGAGUCUCACGCAGCAGCUCUGGCCAAGUGCUCCUCUGGGGCCAGCCUGGAUUCCCACAUCCAGAGGAUGAUGCACAGGGACUCGACCAUCAGCAACGAGUCCUCGCAGAGCUGCAGCUCCGGCCGACAGAAUCACGUCCGGCUGCAAAGCGACUCCAGCUCCAGCACGCAGGUAUUUGAGUCGGUUGAUGAGGUGGAGCAGACUGAAGGAGACGCUCAGCUCGAAGACGGCAAACAAAGCAAGGUCCCCAACGGGACCGUCCCCAACGGCACGUGUUCCCCUGAUUCGGGCCACCCCUCUUCCCAGAACUUCUCCAUCACUUCGGGCUUCUCGGAGCGCAGCUUCAGCAAUGAGGACAGCGCCCUGGAAACCACCAAGUCCUCAGCCAGCUCCCAGGGCAGGGCGGGCGGCUCAGAGCCGGCCCCGCAGGACCCGGAUGGAGCCCUGCAGGAGGAAAAGCUGCAAGGCCAGGACAGCCUGGAAGGCGAAUUUCCCCCUGGUGGAGGCGUGGACUUCAUUUCUGUGGCUCAGAGCUCGGCAGCGGUCCUGCGUGGGUGUGAUGCUGUGGCCCUGACGGUGGUGGAGAGCUGGGCGGACGAAAAGCAAAGCCUGGUGGAGAGCGAGGAUAACCUCUCCGAGGAACCAGAGAUGGAGAGCUUGUACCCGCAGCUGGACUCGCUGGCUGUGGCUGACCUGGCCAACAGUGAAGUGUCUCCCGUCUCCUCAACGGGUGUCACCUACUCUCCGGAGCUGCUGGACAUGUACACGGUGAACCUGCACCGCAUCGAGAAGGACGUGCAGCGCUGCGACCGCAACUACUGGUACUUCACCCCCACCAACCUGGAGAAGCUCCGUAACAUCAUGUGCAGCUACAUCUGGCAGCACAUUGAGAUCGGCUAUGUGCAGGGGAUGUGCGACCUGCUGGCCCCUCUCCUGGUCAUCCUGGAUGAUGAGGCCCUGGCUUUCAGCUGUUUCACUGAGCUCAUGAAAAGGAUGAAUCAGAACUUCCCCCACGGCGGAGCCAUGGACACUCACUUUGCCAACAUGAGAUCCCUGAUCCAGAUUCUGGACUCUGAGCUCUUUGAGCUGAUGCACCAGAACGGUGAUUACACCCAUUUCUACUUCUGCUACCGAUGGUUUCUCCUGGACUUCAAGAGAGAGCUGGUGUAUGACGAUGUGUUCGCCGUCUGGGAGACCAUCUGGGCAGCUGCACACGUUUCCUCUGCGCACUACGUGCUCUUCAUAGCCUUGGCUUUGGUGGAAAUGUACCGGGACAUCAUCUUGGAGAACAACAUGGAUUUUACAGACAUCAUCAAGUUUUUCAAUGAAAUGGCCGAGCGGCACAACACCAAGCAGAUCCUGAAGCUGGCUCGGGACCUUGUGUACAAAGUGCAGACUCUGAUCGAGAACAAGUGAAGGACCUGGGGAAGGCCAGGCAUCCAGGCAGAGAGCUGGGACUCCCCUCCAAUGCUUCCUCUCCCCUUUUCUCAACGUGCCACACCUGUGCAAGUGAGGUAGUUGGACACGCCGCUGUCUGAACUGGCAGUGCCCAUAGCUCUGCAAGUGCUGUGCUCAGUGGUAGGGCCGGGGGCUCCGGCUCGGAUCUGCACAGCGUUCUCCAAUGACUUAACCAAAGAUCUGUACAAUAGCGUUGCAUUGCUAAAGACUUGCUUUGGAGGUAGGGCCGCUGCCCGGCCCUGCUGCGGUGAAGGUGCAGCACGUGGUUACCACCCCGACUGCAGCAGCAGUUGCCAGCAUCCCAGCUCAGCUCUGGGGGGGUCUGGGAGAGCAGCAGGGCUGCCUGACCUGCUGGGCUCCAACUCUGCAGCCUUUGUUUCGAGGAAAUAAAGCUGCUUCCUUCCAUGGCCAUUACCCGUGGUGUGGGGAAUGCAGCCAGCCCUGCGAGCCCGGGCAAGACAGGGAUGCUUCCAGCACUCAGUUUCUUACUGACAUCUGAGGUUCUGCCAGUAGCAGAGAGGGACUCUGAUCACAGAAAUUCCUCUUCUUUUGAUCUCGUCCCUUGAUGCGUAGCAUCCCCUUUAGUAUUUUUAGGGCUCUGUUCUCUCCCUUGGAUUUUUACAUUGUUUGUUACUACGGUAUCUGAGCACACAGGAGUUUUGUCUGCAGAUGGAUUUUUUUUUUUUUUUUUUUUUUUUGGAGGAGCUCCAAAUUCAGCAUUGGGUUUCUCUUUCAAAAUUCAGCCUCUGUAAUGCCUCUGAUGAACACCAAGAUCUGGUCCUGGCCUCGUCUGGAAGCUCCAGACACCAGGUUUUUGUACCUGCCUUAUUCUAGCUGCUUGUGUUAGGAGGUCUGCUCUUCUGCAACCCACGUUAGGGGAGAGCUCCUUGGAAGGCAAGUGGGAGCUCCUGCCCUAGUGGCUGUCCUGCCUUUCCCCUCUGAAGGUGCCUGUCUCUUCCUCUGUUAGCUGAAAGAGCAGCCGAAUGGUGCAAGUGGUCCCUCUGGUGCCUGCAGGUUUCUGUGUGCUUAUGGGGCUGCUCCGAAAGCCCCCUGAGUCCUUUGAAGGUCUCCAGUCGGGUCGCAGUGGGCUGCUUUCACCCAACAUCUCAGAGUGGUGUUCUUUGCUUUCAGAAGACGCACUGCAGCCACCUUUCCUGCAGUGGCUCUCCAGCAUUGCAGCCCUGGAGCACGCUGCAUGAAGUGCCUCCGCAGCACUGCCAGCGUGGGGCUGAGCAUCUGUGUCGUGCAAUGGCUGCGGUGUGGAUUUGGAUUCAUUUCUCAACUCAGGUAAAAAAAAAUAUAGAGAGAGAGAGGAAAAGGAGAGGUGUUGGUGAUGGGCAGGACCGGCUCAGCCAGGGAGGGCUUUGCCGUGGCCGCAGAGGGCUGCUAGGAAUGCAGGGGAGAUGCUGGGCUGGAGCUCUCUGGAAGGGAGUUUCUCUCGAGUUUUGCUGCAGAAAUGUGUUCCCCUCCACGUGAUGUCUGCGUGCUGCCCUCCGCCCCUCUGUGCAGUAGGGCCCUGCUCUGCUGCUGCUGGAGUGAUGGGAAAAGGGGCCCUGCCCUUCUUCUGUGGAACGUCUGUCCGUGCCGACUGUGCUCCGUAAUGACUUCAUGGCUUGUAUUAGGUGUUGCUUGCAGAAAAAGGGCAGGCAGACACCUGCAGGAGAGAGAACUUGCUGCAGGAAAGUUCUGCGGUGAAGGGGUUUGCAACGCGAGCAAAUCAGCCCCAGCUGUCCUGCAGCGCUGGGAUGCAGAGGUUGCAGGGAGCAGCGGUGUGCACCAAAACCUGCAGGAGGAGGAGAGCAGCUGCAGGUUUCCAUGCCAAUGUCUCACCUUUGCAUAGAGCAGAGCGGGAUGCUCGUGUCCCUCCCAGGUUGUUCCUCUGGGUCUUGGGAAUAGAUCAGCAUCCGCCUGCAUGGCCACUUCCAAAGGGGGAGGGGAGUGCUGUGCCCCAUCCCCUGCAAAGGACAGCAGCAGCCAGUCUGUAACUUAACACGGCCCCGCCAAGCAGCAUCGCUGACACUUUACCCUUCAUGCUUCUGGUUAUUCUUUUCUUGGUUUUCAAACAGAAACGGCCAAGAAAUUGUGCACAAUAUUUGCUGUCUGUGUGAACAGGGCGUCUUUGGGCCGCUCAAUUGCAAUGUUUGGUUUGGUUUGGUUUUUUUGAAUAACUUUUGGGGAAGAAAAGUGUUUAUUGGUUGUACAUUCCUGUGUGUCUGUGUGCACUGAAGUGUGUGAGUGUGCGCUGUGAUGCAAAUGGAGAUAUAUCUUUGCAAUGUUGUCAACAUAUCUUGUAAAUGUUUACCAGAGAAUAGUGUCUAUAUAUAAUAUAUAAUAUAUAUAUAUAUAUAUAUGGUAGAGAGAGAGAAUAUAUGAACUCAGUGGGUUAUUUUUUGAGAAGGGAGAAGAAAUGUGUUGCUUCUAAGGGCUGCGUGGUCUCCUUGCAGCCGUCCCAUGCUACACCCCCAUCCCUGUGCUGGUGUGUGCAGAGGCACUGCUGUCCUCUAGGCUUGGCUCGAGUUUAGCUCUGACUUUCCGACUGUGGAUAAGAAGGAAAAAGGGAGCAUGGGGGGAGGCUCUGUUCCAGCCCACGUGGGCAGAGCUGUGCAGGGCUAUGCCUGCCCUGGGUUAACGUGAGUACACAAUGCAGAGCUGGGCUCUGCUGUGUGCUGCAGAGCAGCUGGAUAGUCCAAAGAAUACAAGCAGACAGGUUCCGUGUCAAUUGCUACUACAGUCAGCCUCCCUUGCAGCCGAGCGGGGAGCAGCCUGCUGCAGGGAUGCCUGCCCUUAUACAGUCAUCCUGUCCGGCUCCUCGGGAGAGGAAUGCUCCAUCCCAGCAGCACCCUGAGCUGCGAUUCGCCCCAUGCAAUGGCUGCAAAGCUGAGGGCUGGCCUCGUGCUCCCCAGCUCGGGGCAGCUGCAGCGAUGCGGGUUGCAUUGCCUGCUGCUGGAGCUCAGCUCCCAGGUGAUCUCGGUGCAUUUAAGUGCAGUGUUUGGAUCCUGGCCUGCUUUCUUGCACCCGAGUGUUUCCGCUGCUAUAUAACUCUUAGUACCCAUCUCUUCCAGUGUUGCUGACGUGAGCGUUGUGUGAGUCGUCUUUGUUCUUAAGUGAGUGAUUUUUAGAGGAGUUUUGCUGUGUUGGGUGUCUGAAUCGCUUUGCUUCUGACGUUUCUCAUGAAGAUUGAGAGAGGUCUUUGCUUGGGAGCAUCCUGCUGCCUCCCUCUUCUGCUCCCAUGCAGAGCGUCCCUGAACACUCCCACCCCCAGCCCUCACUGCACCCGGAGCGUGAGGAUCAGCAGUGCUUGUUCCAUCCCUAAACCCCCCUGCAGGUUACCAGGAGCGAGGUCACGGAAUGAGACUCUUCUUUCUCCUUUCUUGCUUUGCUCACGGUUGAACAGCUGGGCGGCCACUUUUCCUUCCUUCCCCCGUUUCUCCGCGGUGGGAGCAGCAGUCCCAGGCUCAGUGCUGCAGACCCCACUGCUCCAUGUGCCCACAGCAGUUUCAUCGCAACACUUGUCCAGUGUUAUCUCUUCAUUUGGGAACUUUCACCGAUCCCAAGCAGUACUGGGCACGUUAUUUAUUGGCAUUCUAGUUGUGUGAGCACCGAUUGGUGGCGGAAGAGCACAAUCUGCAGACGGAGCCACAAUUUCUGGCAAGGUGGACGUGCCCUAAGUCCCACCAGAGCUCUAUUGUAAAGACAUUCAGCUAUCCUGAAGCUGACGAAAUGCCACUUAGUGCCACUCAGGUAUCCUUGCUCAAGCUCCCUAUCCUUGCUGUUUGCACGCACUGCCAAUGGGAACGCCUCGACGUCCCCACGGUCCACCAUUUCCCUCAUCACGGUUUGUGUUUAUGGCACCGUGGGCCAAAGCUGAGGUUGUUUGGGAGCUGCAGCUUCCCACAGCCCGGGGCUCUUGGGUUUGUUCUAACCUGUGGCUGAACCUUGAACUUCCUGGUGAAUGCAUGCUGUUGGAAUAGCCGUCUUGUUCUUUCAGUGCGCUCUAAUUUUAGAUGAGCGAUAAGCAUAAAAGGUCCGGGUCAACCCUUUAAUAACUUCCUUUUAAAAACUGAUUUUGCACAUGGGGGACCGAGCAGGGACAGGCAGAGCUGUGCCUGUGGGUCUGAGAGGGGCCGGGGGGGGCACAGAGCCCCUGCAUGGGGACAUCCCUAUGUUAUGUAGGAAUGGGAGAACGCUGAACAGGGGAACUCCCAGGAAGGGAAGAGCCACCUGGGUGUCACCUUAGGCCCACGAUUGUCACCUCCCCCGUGCUGGGACCCCUGGGGUGUGAAUGUCUGAAUGUCAGACUUUGUGUUGCCCUGCACUGAUUGCUGCUUUUCCAUGUUGGAUGCCAUUCUGGUCUCUGGGAGUUGCUCUAUGAGGUUAACGAGCACUAUAGCUUUUAAUAUAUUUGUAGAAGUGCUGCUAAUGUUCUUAGAUGAUUUAAACUCCACACUGUGGUAUGAUAUCCGUUUUAUAUUAUUUAAUUCAUGCUUUGGGUUUUUUUUUUGUUUUUUUUUUUGGUUUCUUUUUUUGUAAUGUAAACUGUUCCUUAUUGUUGUUCAGAAAGAAAUAUUAAAGCUCUAUUCUCUA